AUGCCUACCCACUUGAGCAAGACCCGCAAACAUCGCGGACACGUCUCGGCCGGUCAUGGACGAGUAGGCAAGCACCGCAAGCAUCCUGGUGGACGAGGUCUCGCAGGUGGACAACAUCACCACAGGACGAACAUGGACAAGUACCAUCCGGGUUACUUUGGGAAGGUCGGAAUGCGAUAUUUCCAUAAGCAAGGCAACCACUUCUGGAAGCCGGUUAUCAACUUGGACAAGCUCUGGUCUCUCGUACCCGCCGAGAAGCGCGACGAGUACCUCUCCAGCAGCAAGAAAGACGUUGUUCCCGUCAUCGACCUCCUCCCCCUUGGUUACUCCAAGGUCCUCGGCAAGGGCAGACUCCCCGAAAUCCCACUAGUUGUCCGGGCACGAUGGUUCAGCAAGGAGGCAGAGCGGAAGAUCACUGAGGCUGGUGGUGUCGUAGAGCUGGUCGCAUGAGCGAAUCUGGUUUUUUAUUGCAUGGAUGGGGAAUUGAAGAUGGGCUUGAGAAAUAGCGGUCAUUGAUGAAGGGUUGAUGGCAUCGCUUUGUGGCUUCUGUUAUGGCAUGGGAGCCCAUGAAUGAAAAGCACAACUUCAAACCACAUGUUGCGAGCGAGAUCUGAUGAUGUGGUUUAUUAUUUUUGGCUGCUAUGGUAUCUUGGAGCUGACUGACAGAUGCCCGCACUCGAUGCUACAGCGCUAACUAUGUACUCGAACGCCUCUCUAUGCCCCUUUCACCAACGCCACAGCGACUCCGUUCCAUGCUACCUUACAACAUAUGCAUCUCCUCGUCAUCUGAAUAUACGUCUUCUCUCAAAAACUCAUGCUCAAGCGCCUCUUCCGCACUGAUACGCUUGUUGGGAUCCAGCUCAAAGCACCGUUCCAAGAAUCGUACUGCAGACUUCUCUUCAUCUGUCAGGGGGUCCUCUUUUCCGUCC